AUGAACUUCUCUGUUGCUCCUGGACAAACAUUUAAACUCAAUUUCGUCCACAGGCCACAGAAAGCUCGCAAAUCUCAGCUCGAUGUUAUUUUAACUGUUGCUGAUAAUCCUAAGUUCAAUAUCAGCAUCAGUGCAGGCGGAGAAGGUUUCUGCGAAGAUCUCCAAUUCGAUGGAAUCGGUGACGACAACGAUUUGCAUUUUGUUGAUGCAGUUGUUGGUCGUGGACAAACAGCAACAUUCGCACUGAAGAAUGUUUCUGACAGUGAUAUCAGAUUUGUUUUCAGUUCUCAGAGUGAAAUUUCAUUUGUUCCUCGCAUUGGACAUUUGAGAAGAUUCCAAGUUAAAGAAAUUACUGCUACUUUCUUCUGUGACAAACCAUUGAAACUUUGUCCAGGAAAAGGAAGUUGCCAAGUCACUAAAAUCGAAUUAGAUGAAAAUGCUGUUGAUUGGGAUGAUGCAAAGAGAGUUGUUGCUUUCAUGAAGAGAUCAGAAAUCGAACAACAAAAUCAGCAGCAACAACAAGAACAACAACAGCAACAAACACAGGAAAAGACAUCAUCUUCAUCAAAGAAAUCCAAGAAAGAAGUUCAACAACAACAACCACCUCCACAACCACAAGAGCCAGCUCCUGUUCAACAUGGCCAAGGCAACGAGAUCGUUCGAAGAAUGUCAAUCGCUCCAGAACCAAGCUACAAACAUGUUGCGAACUCUAAGCCACAUGAAAUUCCUCUUAAGAUUUUUGUUGUUUCAGAUGUGAUUAAAUACACUAUUGACACAACCGACAUCAGUUUUGCUCCCACUAUGAUGUUCCAAACUCGAACAACUGAUGUUCAUCUCACGAACACAUGCAGCAUCCGGAUGGAAUACACAUGGUCAUUGAAGAAAUUCGAAUCGUUGCGAACUAAUUAUGCAAAAGCCGCAGGUCCAUGUUUCUCAAUUCGACCAACAACAGGAUUCAUUGAACCAGGUCAAACAACAACAUUCAAAGUUAUGUUUGCUCCAGAAGAAGUUGAUGAUUUCAAAGGCAUUCUUGAGUGCAACAUCACAUAUUUGAUUGGUGAAUCACCAAAGAUCAAUCUUUCGGCACUUUCACGACGUCCUCUUUGUCACUUCAACAUCGACACUAGCGACUACUUGACACACAGACAUCCAGAUUUCACAUAUCCAUUACCAGAAGGUGUUCGCGUUAUUGAGUUAUUUGCUAAAGCACCAGGAACACGCACCGUGAAGCGAAUUGAGAUGAUCAAUCCAACGGCCGAUCUUUAUGAAACAGUUUGGACUCCGGCAAAUGAACAAGCAACUGAAUGCAUCAAAUCUGACUCUAAUUCAGCACUUGUUUCAUCAGGAAAACAUUAUUUCUUCACAUUCUCAUACACCCCAAAGACAGCUCGACUGAUUGAGUCUCUGUGGGAAUUUGAAAUUCCAAAACAUGGAGUUAAAGUUCCAUUCCUCUUUGUUGGUCGUAUUGCCCAUUAA